AGGCCGUGUACCUGUGUGGUAGUUUAAGGUGUGUGCCGCUGUAGGUGUAAAGAGUACUAAAGAGGGCUGUCAGUAGUCACGACCGUCAGCUUGUUACUUAUCUCCACUUUGUUUUCAUUGGGUAUAUCAUUAUAUCACUAGUAUUAGUUCUACAAUACUGGACAAACAGGGAUUACUGAAACGUGAUCCCCAACAAAAACUUCAAACACCAUUACCCUGUAGGACCAGAAAAUCAGCGGACAGCAGUGUAUAUAUGGUGUACAAUAUUGAACAGGUACUUUCAAGUUGGCCUUGGAUGGGAAAAACAUAGCUUCAAUAUAAUCAAUGAACUAAAUGGCAACAAGCUGUCCCUGUGUGUGGUAAUAAUGAGUGCUCCAAGAAUUGUCCCGUGGUACCUGUGGUACAGGUGAGGCUGACAUUUACCCAGUAAUAGCACCUGUGGCUCUGUGAGGCUGGAUACCGUCCUGUGCUCCUCAGGUAUUGCGGGAUGCAACUCUUAAAGUGAGAAGCUGCGGCUGGCAUUAAUCGGAGAUGUCUGUUACAUGUGAUUAAUGAUACGAGAGAACUAUUAACCUGCUAGCACUCUUGUAAAACUAUAGAUAAAAGAUUCAUUUGGUAUUGAAUUCCUCCUGUAGGGCAGCACGGUGUAACAUUAACCUUCUGAUGUGUAGCUGGUGUGUCUAUAGGAGUUCUGAUGAUGACUUGUUUCUGUGGAAUUUCUACAAGUUGUGAUCAGUGUUGAAUAGAUAGUGAUAUUUACCUGUAAUUAAGUGUACAGGUGUGUGUAAAAAGGUUCGGUCACUUUUGACAUUGCCAGCAGUAGGGAAUACUAGUGUUAAUUCAGCUUUAUAUCAGACAUAUUAUGGACGUCCAGUGAGUUAAGUGACAAUGUGCCUGGUCUUCUAUUGGAUGUGAGUGUCCUGGUCAUUAAAGAUGUGUUAUGACCAGACUGGACAGAGGUGACCUGUAGUAAUGUAUCAACACAAUCUGCUCCCAGGUGUAAGGGGGGAGGGUGCAGAUGGCAGGACACAGCUCUUGCCUUUGAGGUGUCACUCCGAUGGAGACAGGAAAAACCUCCUGCCCAUGAGGCGUCACUCCGUGGGAGACAGGAAAAACCACCACACAGACGAAGAUGAUGUUAACUUCAUGUUCUUCCCAUCAAUCGCACUAAACUUCAUCGGUGAUAACCUUUUAGAUAAGUUGGAAUAUUUCAACAAAGCAGACAACAAACUACAGGAGGAACUAUUGAGGACCACACAGCUUGUGUACAGCUACCAGGAUGGCCGAGGAAUGGUACCAAAGUUACGGGAGCCCAGGAAUCUUUACGCCUUGGCAAAGGAGUUUGGUCCACAACAGUCUGCAAGAUGGCCAUCAGAGAUUCAAGUCCUGGAAGAGAAGGUGCGACACAUCCGGUAUAUCCCUCCUUCUCCCGAGCCAUUUUACAAACAGCAUGGGCAGGAGCGAAUGCCCAUGGUGCGAGGCGAGGAAAGAGGUGCAAAUCUAGUCUACAUGUACCAGCCCAGAUCUAGCUUUAGGAAGAAGAGGAUUGAGUUUGUGAGGUCGAGGGUAAGAGGUUGUAGGUCAGGCCCCUCACAGUGUGCUCCCAAGAUCAACACCGAGGAGGACACCACACUAAUAUUUGAGUCUCGUUUCGAGAGUGGGAACCUUGCCAAGGCCUGCCAGGUAGGAGUCACCAACGACUACGAAAUGUGGCUACGUUACGACCUCUAUACCAACAAACACAUACAGUGGUACUACUUCAGGGUAUCAAAUACCCGCGCCAACGUCAAGUACCGCUUCACCAUCGUCAACUUCAUCAAGUCAGACAGCCUGUAUAACUACGGUAUGAAGCCCCUGAUGUACAGUGAGAAGGAGGCUCAGACUAAGAAAGUUGGCUGGAUACGUUCUGGUAGCGACAUCAAAUACUACAGAAAUAAUAUCAAAUAUGAAACUACCAAGGGAGAGAAGCCGUUUUACUCCCUGACGUGGACUGUGGAGUUUCCACAUGACAAUGAUACAGUUUAUUUUGCUCACUGCUUCCCAUACACAUACACAGACCUACAAGAUUACCUUCUAGAUAUAACAAAUGACCCGGUGAAGUCCAAAAUCUGUAAACAGAGAGUGCUAUGUCGGACGCUCGCCGGGAACCUCGUCUACGUUCUCACCAUUACCUCACCAUCACAAAACCCAGAGGACAUCAAGCAUAAGAAAGCCGUCGUGAUCACAUCUCGAGUACAUCCUGGCGAGUGUAAUGCCAGCUGGAUGAUGAAAGGUUUCCUUGACUACCUGACUGGUAGCUCCGCAGACGCUAAGCUUCUGCGAGACACAUUCAUCUUUAAGAUUGUGCCAAUGUUAAACCCUGACGGAGUGAUAGUGGGUAACUACCGGUGCUCCCUAGCAGGCAGAGACCUAAACAGGAACUACAAAACUGUGCUCAAGGACUCCUACCCCUCCGUGUGGCACACAAAAAACAUGAUCCGCAAACUUCUCCAGGAGAGAGAGAUCAUUGUGUAUUGUGACCUUCACGGACAUAGCAGAAAACAAAAUGUGUUCAUCUACGGCUGUGACAACCGCCACAACCCGGAGAAACGCCUCCGAGAACGGAUCUUCCCUGUCAUGCUCAACAAGAAUGCUCCAGACAAGUUUAAGUUUGAGUCGUGUAAGUUCAAGGUUCAGAAGAGCAAAGAAGGGACAGGUCGGAUUGUCAUGUGGCACAUGGGUAUAAUGAAUAGCUACACGAUGGAGGCGACGUUCUGCGGCUCCACCAUUGGGAAGAAGAAGGGCUACCACUUUACCUUGCUGGACUUUGAGGCGAUGGGCUACCACUUCUGUGAUACCUUAUUGGACUACUGCGAUCCAGACAACACUAAGUGUGCUAAUGUACUUCUGGAAUUGGAGGACAAGAUGAAGAGGGACAUCCUUGCCAAACUCCAGAGAGCUGGAAUAAGUCCAAACUCAGCUGACGACAUUGACCUCAGCGAUGACUUCAGCUCUCUCGAGUCCAGUGAUGGUGGGUCAGACAGCUCUGUGUCCGAUGGGCCUCCGGUGCAUUUGCAGUUCGCUCCUCAAAGGGAGGAUAUACAAGUACGUACCCCGUACAGAUUCCGCAUGUUAUCUCAACAACAAUUGAAAAAGAAGAAGAAAUUAAAGACAAAGAAAGAGAGAGACAGAGUAAGGAGCUUUAAGGACGACACGAAGAAAGUUUCCUCUGGGGAUAGGCCGGCUUCCGACCAUGUGUGUGACAAAAAGGCUAUGAGUGGUCAUCAAACGGCCCAUGCUAAACAGGACAAGGGAAGCAAACCAGUGGGAUUCGAUUCCUCUCAGACUGCUCAGAGUAUGAAGUAUACAUCUGCUCAAAGACGCCCCAAGUCAUACGAGGAACGGCCUUCCACUACUACCUCAGCCACGCACCAAGAAAAACUCGAAGACAAGAAUCCACGCAGGAAUGAAUACCUGGAAGCCCUGACUAAUGCCUACCUCAGGAAUGGGCUCCUCAACUCCGAAGCAGGUGUCACCCUGCGUACAAAGAAACCAGUGGCCCCACAUUUCCGUUACUCGGGAUCCAACAAAGGUUCGCCCAAUACGGCCUUCAGUUUGGACGGCUUGUGUCCUCAUCAUGAGCAGACGUUCGCUGCUCAGUAUAUGGCACAACAAAUACAAACCCUGCAGUGUGGAGUUGUAGGAAGUACUUUGGUUAAGGUGUGGAAGGAACACAUGCAGCGUACACGAGGACGUCAAUCUAACAUAGACGACCUGGUGCGGUCACAGAUCACACACCAGGCCAGCAUCUCGCCCAUCAACCGUCAGCCCCUCCAGCGACACAUCCUUGAGGUUUCUGCGGCCCAGCAGCGACAGCAGGAUAUUCUGCAACAGAGCCGCAAACAGGAGAACAGAUCAGGUAAUAAUGUCAUUCGGAUGCACCCCAAUCCCUUUGACGAUCAGCACACAUCCAAACCUCCCAUAACUGUUUGUGAUGCCAGUAAAUCUGGUCGACCUCGAACUCAGGUGCCUUCUGCCACUUUCGUAAAUUAUGAUCAGUACCAUUCAGCGAAGGCGCAAACAGAGGAACCACAGGGGGAGUCUAAGGAGGUCCUGCUGAUGGAGGUAGAGAAACUGGAGCCUCUCUCAUUGGACAACCAGGACGAUGAAUCAAAAGAAAGUAAGAAGCAUAAAGGGAAACAUAAAGAAAAAGGAGGCAGAAAGAGUCGGAUGGGUAUGCGAGAGUCUGACGAGGAUCACGGUGCAGGUAUAGAGGGGCCAGAUUAUGUGACUGACCCCCACACGCGGAAGGAGCCAAGGGUCAAGUCAGCCCAGUCUACAGAGGAGGUGGACAGUGCAAUAGAGAGCAUCAAGGAGCUCAGGCAGUCACUUGCUACCACCGCCAUACAGCAGAACCUCAGUCCAACAGCAGGGCUAGCAAGACGCUACAUCAAACGUCUCAUGAAGGAAACUGAUCAUGACAUUGAUGAGCUGACCAAUGAAAUCAAAAGUGAUAUAGAGUAUGAAAAGAAGCUUGCCAAGAGGCGAUCUGGUGCUCAGUCUGCCUCCAGUGGAUCCACUCCAGUGAAUGGAGAAUUAUCCCCCAUCUGUGAUUCCAAUAUUGUGCCAGUCCCGGAAAAAGUGCCAGUGUCACGGAGCCACCAUAAAGACUUGGUCCUCCUUCGUGAAAAUAAUGGUCUUGGCUUAGACUUGCCGGAUGAAAACCCCAAAUGGCUUCAAGACACUUCAGUGACACGUGAGAAAAAAACAAGUUCACGACAACGAAUUGUGACCCCCAUGGAAACAAAAACUAAUUAUCCUGUCAGUGAUAGAACUCAUGACAGAGUUCAGAAAUGGUCCAAUGACAGUGGUGUUAACAACUACAGCAACAACAAUGCUCAACCUCCCAUAGGUCAGAAAAAACUCUCUGAUAUGACCUUUGACCUCAGUCAGGUGCAUUAUACAGAGGUGCCUACAGCCCCACAAAACGGAUCAGUAAGUUUAUCCCACAGUAGUACUCAGGUAGGCAGCAGUUACGGAGGGAGAAAGCCUGUGGGAGAACCACUCAAACUGGCUGAAUGUAGCAGCUACACAGGACAGAGCUUCGUCAAGUGUGGCAAGGGUGGAAUGAGGGUGGGCAGUGCCACCAGUAGCAGUAGUCGAGAGGAGAAAAACAAAUACCCAAAUAGUGAUAAAUACUUUGAGCUGACAAACCGAGCAAAAUCUGCCAAAAGUAGCCGGGGAAUUGUAGGUAAGAUGUUUCUCCGGCCGAUCAUUUCAGAGACUGUGCCGACAAAGAUACAACUGAUGAUUAGCCAGAGUCACCAGGAGGAGAAGACCUUUGGGGGCCAGUUUCUGCCCCUCUCAAGGACAAUAAGGGCACCGUUUUAUAGAAAUAAUAAGAAGAACCCCACGAAAUGACGAAGAAUGUGAUAUGUGACACUAAACUACUUUAAACAGGGCAACUCCAAAGAAAUUUGAACUAUGUCUUAUUUAUAGUUAUAGAGAAAUAACACAGAGAAUGACACCAAAACUACUGUGAUAUUUGACAAUGGAAUUAUUGAAUCUCUGAAACCAGACAAAAAACUGGGUGCUUUUUUCAGGGAAUAGUGACAUUUUCUUCCUAUUGGCUUUUAGUAUGUGACUUACUUGUAUGUGAUACUAUCUUCAGGUUCAAAUACUUCACCAACAUAAUAAAAAUCAUACCUACCUGUGAUACUAAAUACUAUCGUCAAGGUGUGAUACUUCAUCUGCCAUACGGAAUACUACUAACAGGUUCCGAUUCUUCACCAGACAGUGGAUACCACCUUCAGGUUCCGAUACGUCACCUGAUCUGCUGCGUAUACGUACUACCUUCUGGUGCGAUUUUAUACAAUCUACAAUCUAACCCUAACUACCUGUGCUUACUUCACUGGACAUGCUACAAACAUCGGUGCAGCAUUUAAUACCAUAAGUGCUUAUAUCCUUUCGCUGAAAACUCAAUAGGACAAGUCUUCGAAGAUGAGUUAUCUACAACAUAUAAAAAAGGAAUCAAAGUUAAUUAUGGCAUGUUAAUCUCUUUGAAUUGAUUUGGUAAACACAUGAAUGUGUUGUCAGAGUGUCUGAUAUAGUUAAGGAAACAUAUAAUGGAUGAGUACAAGGUUGUCCUGUGUAGGGAGAAUUGUUUCUGAUUCCCUUAACACAGCCAGUGUUAACUUGAAGGUAGAAGGAAUGCCAAGAUUGCAGCUUUAUUUUCUGAAAUACUUAUUUCUUCACACUUAAUUGUAUGAUGCCAGAAAAAGCAUUGUCAAUAUAUAGUAUAAUAAUUCAGUUUUUUUCUAUGGCGUCUGUUAAUGUAUUCAAUUUUGUGCAAAUAAUAGAAUGUCCAAAGUCGCUAAAAACGAAUGUAUUUGGUGACGUACUUGUUGAGACUUGUCCACAAAUGGUUUUGUUUACUAUAUAUAUGAUUGUAAUUGACGUCAAUCGAACGUCGUUUGUUAAUUUUUCUUGUAGAAAUGACAUGCUCAACUAAAAGUGAUUAGAAGAAACGUUGAAGAAAAAAAGGGCCCCGUUUAAAUAUUAUCACAAUCUAUGUUGGUCAUAUAAUCACAAUCUAUGUUGGUCAUAUAAUCACAAUCUAUGUUGGUCAUAUAAUCACAAUCUAUGUUGGUCAUAUAACUGCAAUUGUUGUACUUAUGAUCUUGUGCAGUAUAAUAUAUUCCCUUUUUGGUCAAUUUGAUCAGGACAGGAACACUAUUAGUAUCAUUACCUCAUAGAUAUUCCUGAUUGUAUUCAUUUUUGUCGACGAAAAUAUCAUUAUUUAUUGCAACUUCUUUUUAAUUACUACGAAAGGAACUUGUUUUUUUUCACAUUUAAAAACAAAGUGCUUGUAAGAAUUGAAUUAGACGAGACUUAGUGUAUAAUACACGUUACUUAAACAUUCCGUCAACGUUACAUAUUUGUGCCAAUUAAUACGUCAUUUGUUUAUUACAUGACAUCACUUUACGUCCGUUCAAAGCUGCUUGUGUCUCUCCGUCCAUAUCUUGUAUUCUAUUUAUCUUGUCCGUCCACCCAUAUCAAAUACAAUCAACGUUUUCCCCAAAUAGUGGUAAAAUGGUAUGAGCCGUGUUAAAAAAGUUAAACUCUGGCGCAGAGCACUUUCCUUUUUAAGAUUCUCUGAGCAAUUGCACCGAACAGUUGUUUUUUACUACGAAACUUAUAUUCAAUUAUUCGCUUAUCUCAAUAAAAUCGUACUUACACUUUACAAAACCAUUUUGAUUCUGUAGAUUUGUCAUGUUUCGUUGUUUAUCAUUCUAUUAACAUAAUUCAUCGUAUGUUUGUGAGAAAAUACUCCUUAAGGUACGGAUUGUGAAGGGAUGAUAUUGUACUUAAAUGUUAUUGUGUGAACGAUUUCAGCAUCACAAUCUAUGUCAAUGAACUCAUGUUGGGUUUAUUUAAGAUGUCAAUUCUUGGAUAAUGAUUGCAUUGAAUAUCGGGUGCUGUCUAUAUUGAGAAACAUGUUCUAAUGUGCUAUCAAACUCAUUUCCGUAAUGAAAAAAAAGAUUGAACUAAAAGGAUACAGAAGUAUGUCAAUCAUUAUUAUAUAACUUAUAUGACUGUAAGUGACUAAUAGAAGAGAGAAACUAGAUUCUAUGGUCAUUUAAUUUUCUAGGUGCCUGUUAUAAAUUGCAUCGUUGUCAUUCGUCAUUUAUUCAACAGUUAAAUACAUUAUAUAAAAUGUGUAAUUUUACAAUUUUCAUGUUGAUUAAUGGCAUAGGAAGAGAAUAGUAAUAAUAAUAAAUUUUAUUUUAACAUUGAA